CAAUGGUGUCGCAACGUCUUCGCAUCUAGAGCGCGUCGCGUGCGACAUGCUUGGGCGUUGCCACGUUGGAGCCCGAUCCGUUGUCCUGCCGGAGCCGUUUUGUUCAGGCAUCAUUUCACACAUGUGUCCUCUGCCGGCACACCACGUCAGAGCUCGCAGAGCACCUUGACCACGUGACGUUGCGCGCAGCUGGUCCUCCAGAUGGCGGCCUGUAUGAUCGGCCUCCCAGCCCCAACGGCACCAGGGCAACAGGUCGCAGCGGCCACCAGGAGGCACCAGCGGCCACCAGGAGGCAAAGGAGGGCGCCAGGGGCUCAAGCGUACCCGUGGCAGAAGGGGAUGGGCCUGGCGUAGACGAAGGUGUGGGUGCGACGGUACAAGAACGAGCCUUCGCGCUGCAGAAGGUCCACGCUCAACAGCACGCAAGUGCUGCGCAUCCUGACGGGCGCGCUGUGGGACUGCCUCGUUCUGGCGCUGCUUCAGCCAGUGGUGGCGGCAGGUCUGAGCAUGGGCCAGGGUAGCUGCAGGCUGGCCACGGAGGAGGGCAAGAGGGACCUCGGCACGCCGCGCCUCCGCAUCUUCGGGUGUGUUAUUCCCGCGCUCGCGACGAUGCAGCUCUUGCCAGGAGAUGGCGACGGCGACAGAAGAGCAGUUGGUAAAGCUGGUGGCCGCGAUGGACCGCGGGGAGACCAACGAGUUGGCACGCUACUUCCACAUCAAGAAGGCGUACAGCCAGGACAAGCAGAAGGCGGGCGAGGCCAAGCUGCACCUCAUGCUGAACCCGACCUCGAUCAGCCCGUUCAUGAGGUCGCAGCUCGUGCAUGACAAGAAGGGGGACCAAGCAACCGACUUCGCGAAGGUCACGAUUGCGGAGCUGCGCCUGGCGAUCAUCAAAGGGUUGGUGGCGACGGGAGGAGCCGUGAAGAUCGGCAGUCCACCUCCAGGAGCUCUCGAGAGGGCGGUGCAGGCGUCGUUCUUGGAGCACUCGGUCUAGCUGGACCACGCAGGUUGGCAGCGUCAGGGAGCGAGAGAGCCAGGUCACUUCCCAGAGAUCUCAAGAGGCAACGACCGGAUUGAUAGCAACUACUGCUCAGGCGAUGUCUGCGCAUGCUGACUUUGAGGAGGUGAUGGCGGCACAAACUGGCAGUGAGGAUACAUAGCUCUUUACUCACGUGCGAUACACUUACAUAUUUUCUGCCUUUCAGCUGGCUGCUUCUGCCUAGUAGUCUUACUCGUGUG